UCAAAAUGAAUGACGUUUAAAAAUCUCCGAUCUCCAAACUCAGAAAUCAUGGAAAUGUCCGAAGACUUCGUGAAAUUAUUCCGUCAAAAUAAGUUCAACAAAAUGCAGUGGUCCAAAGAAGAAACGCCUAUCAAAGAUUCAAGAAAAUAUAGGGAAGAAAUGUACUCAAAAUACAUACUCAGAUUUUCAAAUGCUUUGCUGUUAGCACUAAGAAAAUCCGUAUUCGGCUGUUAUCUGAAUUCACUGAAUCCUCAACAGAAUCAAGAUACUGAUCUCAAUGAAAAUAAAUUGGCAAUUACUGAAUAUAUUAUUAGGAAUUUGAAAGAAAAAGAGGUAAAAAGGUUUCAAGAGAAAAAUUAUCUGUUCGAAGAUACCAUGAAAGUACUGAGAAAAAUUAUAAAAUAUAAUGGAUCAGUGGAUCUAGAGUACUUAAUGAGAAAUAUGAGAACACUACGUAUAACCGAUUUCUAUGUCACACAUUUGGAAGAAUCUGUGAAGAGUUUUCUUGAUCUUCAGUUCUUGAUACUAGCCGGAAAUAAUUUGAGAGAUCUACCGGGGGAAUUUCUACCUAAGAAUCUAAUAUUUUUGGAACUCUACGAUAACUUCAUGGAGAACUUUGAACAUUUCGUCAAGAAAGCGCCAAAAAAAAUACUGCAUUUGGGGUUCAGUAGGAACAAUCUGGAUGAUAACAGCUCCUACCACCUGUUGGCUGGGAGUAACAACUUCUCGAAGCUGAGUAGUUUAGAUUUGUCUGAGAACGACAUCUAUAAUCUACGUUCCGUACUCGCAGAACUCAGAGGAAUGAUGGGAUUGAGAGCUCUACAAUUGGAGGGGAAUCCAUGUUAUGUGGUCCCAAACUACAAAAGCACUGUUUUGAAAUAUUUCCCGAAACUAGUUUAUCUCGAUAAUAUUGAAAUAAUGCAGGAAGAUCGCCAAGUAGAAAAUGAUAAACAAGUUGAAGCUGCAGAACCACAAAUAGUAUUUCUUUGUUAUCGAAUAAUGGGUUUACAGCAUCCUCCGAAAGAU